AAAAAAACAACUUCUCUUUCGACAGCCUGUCCGGCGAUGGGGCUAAAUUGCUACUGUUAUAUUAGCUCCAAGUAGCCUAGCCUAUUGAUGCAACGGCUAGUUGAAUGUAGACGGCAAUACUAAGAACAGUCGUUUAUUGUUUACUCAAGAUGGUGUUUGACCUGCGCUCAGUUAACACUGCAAGUUCGCUGCAUGUCAUCAAUUAAUUUCGUUUGGUGAACAUGGAUGCCUAUGCAGUGGUCAUGCUCACCGAAGAGGAUGUUAUGGCAGUUGUCCCAAAGUCCUGGUGUACUGAUCAGGGUUGUUACUGGCCACCCUACGCGUCGAAUGCUAGAAUUCAGAGAGCAGUACAGUCCCACGAGAUGCCGUCAAGUACGUGGUAUUUACACAAAGCACGAGUUCUUGCUGUUAAAAGUUCCUAUGAAAAAGCAACUGCAUGGUUACGCCACACUGAAGACGCACCAAAUCCUGCUACUGAAGAUGGGAUAAAGUACAACUUAAAGAGGACGAAGAGGUCAGUCUCCGAGUGUCUCCCUAAUGCGUCCAAUGGGCCAAUGGCUGCCACUGAUUUCCAGGCGGCGGUGCUGCAGCGGCUGGCGGAGCUGGACGCGGCGGUGGCGGAGCUCCGGGCGCAGGUGGAGUACAACACCCUGCUGCUGCAGAACCUGCAGGGCGGGCAGAACCCCGGGUGCGGCGGCCGCGGGGGCGGCGGCGGGGUCGGGGGGGAGGAGUACGCGCUGCCCGCCGACCUGCCGCUCCCCCUGCAGAGCAAGCAGCAGCUGGGCCAGCUGGAGAAGCGCCUGGCCGAGGACCCGGGCCUGCAGGAGUACCUGGUGUGUUCCCUGGCCAGCAAGGGGGGCCGAAGCGUCCGAAACGCCGUGCGCGCCAUGGUCCCGUGCCUCGUCUCCAACACGGUGGCGCGAGGCCUCAACUGGACCGGCGCCGGCGAGAAGCUGGCCUUCCGGGACCUGAUCCUCCGGAAAGUACUCAACCGAGGCGUCCGGAGAAACCUGGCCACCAAGGACGCCACCGACGAAGAAAUACAGCGGGAAGUUUCGGUGUUCCUGCGGGGGGCCAGCGACAGGGAGGGGGGCAGGAGGGAACGGAUGCUCCGGUCGGUCGCCAGGGAGAUGGUUUCAUCGCUGCACCAAUAGCAGCCCCUCACCCACGAGGCUCAUAACAUUGUACUGUUCACAGAGGCCGAAUAGGGACACUGAGAUGCGGGAGGAGCUCAGGACAGUUCACAAGCUGCUACGGCGUCGCACAGAGGAAGCAGUGUUCUGGUAUUCUGGAAGUAGCAUUCUGGAACUCAAAAGGGAUUUUUUUUCCCAACCAUGACACAGGUGAGCUAUUUUUGCUCAAAAAAUGAGGAGCCAUAUUUUUGGAAUAAUUGAUGUCUGCGUUGGUGGUCAAGAAGAUAUUUUCAGGAUAAUGCAGGAAAAAGUCAAUUUUUGGAAAGAUUAUUGACAAUAAGGUCCUGAAAAUUAAAACCUACUCCCAUGUUACAUGGUGCUUUAUUUACCAUAUUUGUUAAGUGAAUUUUACAUUUUUGGGGGAAAUUUCCUUGCUUGGUUGAAAACUUCAUGCCGUAACAUUUUCUUAAACAACUGACAAAUGAAAUUGAUAGCUGGCUCGCUAGCUUGUUUUAAACCAAGCUCCUAAGGCCAGUGUCCCUUUUAUUGACCACCUGCUACUUGAUAAUUGUGAAUAUUUAUAUGUCAAUGUUUCAAUGUUUUUUUGGUUGCAAUGCAUGUCCAUUAAGUACUCUGACAGAAUACAGUACAGCUUGGAUACUGA